UGUGCGCAUGCGCGAUGUUAAACACAUGGGCAUGAGUUAGAGGAGCUGUUUUCGCGGGGACACGUUUUUAAGUACUGUACAUUGUUCAUAAGUUUAGAAAUGUGAACGUUUUGAAUGUUGCAGUAAUAGGAGAAGAAAUGAGAUGCACGACAAACGUAUUUGUAUUUUUCCUCACCGAGUCAUAAAUUAGUUCAUUAGCUCCCAGUCGGUCAUUGUGGGUUUUUGCAAGCUUGGCUGUGUCGAAGUUUCUUCAGCAAAGAUGUCCAGUCUCGCAGCCAAGUACGACUACCUGGAGAAGCUGACCCGCAAAGUGUGCCAUUCUCAGACGGAAGAGCCUAAAAAGAGAGCCUACGUUCCAUUUCAAGGUGGUCGUGAUGGUGAAGGUGGUCCGCCCAAAAAGAAGCAAAAGAAGAAACAGAAGCCUACCAAAGGAAAUAAUAACACUAAUGACAAGAAGCCAGCUCCAAAGACCAUCCAGAAAACAGCACAGAAACAGGCCAGUGCAACUGUACAGAAUGCUCCCCAGGUCAAAAUUCAAAAUGGGAACCAGGUGCACAUGCAACAGAAGACUGAAGGAGCAAAGUCGGAGGGGGAGUUUAAUGCAGUGGAUAUUUUGAGGAGAAGACUUCACCAGAAGAUUGAGGAGUCUCGUGGACAGGGCCCUCCCAAAGAUCCCUCCUCUGAGGAGGUGCAGAAAAGACGAGCAAAACGCAAGCAGGAGAGAGAGCGCAAAAAGAGGAAAAGGAAAGAAUUCCUUAUGAAGAAGUUAGCACAGAGUGCUUCCACUGAAGCAGAAGAUGAAGGCAAAGUGGUGGAAGCACCCACACCUCCAGACACUUCUACGGAAACCAAACCUGCCAAAAAGGACACAAGCUCAAUAGUCUUCAACAAAGUGGAGGUCGGGGAGGAGUAUGUGGACAAAGGGACAAAGCUAAAGGAAAAAAAGAAAAGGAAGGUGAAAGGAACCCUCACUCCACUUACAGGGAAGAACUACAAACAGCUUUUGUCUCGAGUAGAAGCCAGGAAGGCUCGUCUUGAGGAGCUCAGAGAGAAGGAUGAGGAGAAGGCCAAGAAGGAGGAAGAGAAGAUGAGGUGGACCAACAUUCUCUACAAGGCUGAGGGCAUGAAGAUUAAAGACAACGAAGAGCUUCUACGUGCUUCUUUGAAAAGGAAAGAGAAGAGGAAGGCUCAGAGGAAGAAGAAGUGGAUAGAGCGGAGCCAGCACGUGGUGGAGAAGAUGCAGCAGAGACAGGACAAGAGACGCAGAAACAUUCAGAAACGCAAACAGAGCAAGAUUGAGAAGCGUAAACAGAGGGCCAGGAAGAAGGGUAGAGUGAUGCCUGAGGAUCUAAAGAAGGCUGCUGUAUAGAGAGAAAAAGAGAGAAGGGAGAGACGGACAAAGCAAAGAACGAAAAGAGACUAUAAAGAACAUGUGAAUAAAGAGAAUGACUUGUG